AAGACAAAUAACCUACAAUUGAAGGACACUUUUUUCCUUGGGUCUCAGGAGGCUAAAGCACUUUUAAGUUGUCUUAUGAUUUGGUGAUUGGACUUGACAGAAAAGGAGUUAAUUCAUUCAAUUGUUCAUUGUCUUUCUCUUGUUAAUCUGUAGAAUACCAAUUAUGAUGAUGACAUCAACACAGAUGUUCACAUGAGUAACACUUCGACCAAUGAAGAGGAAGAACUCAACAAUUCCAGCAGUGAAGAUGAACUCAAUAAUGAGAACUCUUCCACAACCAGCCUGUUGGAUAUGGACAUUCAAGAGAAUUAUAAUAAAGAUAACCAAAUCAACACAGGAGAACACUGGAGUAACACUUCCAACAGUGAAUAUGAAGAUGAUGAAAUCAACACUGAGAACCCUACCACAAGCCAGUUGGAUGUGGACAUUUCAGAGAAUGAGGAAGCCCUGUCACAUUCUGAAGAGGACUUGAUUGAUGCUGCCAGUAAUGAAGGUGAAAACCAUGCUGACGAUGAAGACGUGAUGGAGGGUAAUAGUGCUAGAGAAAAGGCACCCGAAUUUCCAGUGGGCAGUGAAGACAAAGCAGAUGGUGACAAGCCCCUGUAUCCUGGUGCACCUGUUUCAAAGGGAGAAAGUUUAUUGAUGCUGAUGUCCUAUGUGCUGCGGAACAAUUUAACGGGCAAAGCACUUACUCAUUUACUGGAACUGUUCAACAUAAUGUUUCCAGGUCUGAUUCCACCCUCACAUUACCUUUUCCAUAAAGAAUUUUGAAGUUCAACACA